AUGAUAACGAAGGCAGUAGAAGCUAGUGGAACAGUUACUAUUACAACUGUAACCCAGCAACUAUUUCGAACAAAGAUGGAUUUUAAUGAAUGUUUCAUUCAUCCAAAGUCAUUCUCUUUAGACCCUAACAUUUAUACAGAACUUGUAGAACAUUAUACAAACGAGGCUUUAUGUUUUCCUGUUAAAGUUAUGGAUUGGAUUCCUAUGGACGGUUCAUUCUCAAAGAAUACAGAUAGUUCAAGUGCAACAUUUACAGCAGCUUAUACGCCUAUUAAUGUUAAAAGUAUUUGGGCACUAUUUAGAAAGAAAGACAACUAUUAUGUUAAUUUUGAGAACCCUAAGUUUAAAUAUCUUCAGCUUUCCAUGGGAGCUUAUGGAAAUAUGCCUGCAGAACCUGAAAAAUCAUAUGGACCUGUAUUUUAUGAAAUGGUUGCGAACGCUUGCAAUACAAACAAUGAUAUGAUAGGAUUUAAUGAAGAUGUUAUGAGGUCAUUGAUGGAUGAUG